UUCAAGUUGAUACCAAGUAAUAGCUUCCUUGAAAAAUACGAUCAAAUUACAUUUCAUUUAAUUUUGACAUCAAUAUCGUCAUUGAAAAAUCAAAAGCAUUACUUGAAUAUUUGCACUUGUAUUAUUCGUAAAAUUGUCAUAUUUCCAUCGGUUUUAUUUAAAUUACAUCACUAUUAUAUCAAAAGUGUGUCCAAAUCACUUCAAUUUCAAUUUUUGUAGGUACAGCUUCGGGAAAUUGAGCAAACACAAAAACCAGGAUCUCCAAUUCCAAGUACAGAACGAAAGCAAGCAGCAAAUCCGGAUCCUGUAUUUCAUGUCCAAUCCUGUCAAGAUAUGAUACCGGUACCUCAACAAAAGCCAGAAAAAUAUAUAGCUAUGUGGGAUUACGAACCAAGAACGCAGGAUGAAAUCGAACUCAAGGAGGGACAUGUAGUGACGGUCUUGGAAAAAUGUAGUACAGAUUGGUUCCUUGCUGAAGUAUGCGGAAGACGUGGAUACAUCCCUGGUUAUUACGUCAAGAAGGUUGAAGAUAAAAAUCAAAGUGGUGACCUUACAAAUGAACUGGAGACGGUUUUACUUCGUCGCCACUGUCCAGGAACGAUGCGAAGGCUGAACUUUGCUCUGUGUAAUGUAUCUUCCAAAACAGAAAGCAAAGAAGGGGUGGGGAAGAAAUCAGAGGGGAAGAAGGCAAGGACAAAUGCCAACAAAAGUAGGGGUGUGAAUAACGGCCAGAAAAUGGGAUAG